AUGUUCUCACUCUUCACAAUGAUCCUUCUUUGCAGUCUUCUUCCUGACCUCACCCUUGGCCUGCCGCCUGUAUCCCGGCCCUCUUUCCUAUGGAGCACCAUCGACCACGUUAUAGCGUUCGGCGACUCCUACACUUACGUCCAAGGCACUCCAUACGGCCGACAAAAUUACAGCUUCAUCGGCGACCUUCCAAACUUGGCCUUCACGCCAGAACACCUUCUUGAAUCGCGAAUCAUUCAGAGUCAGACUAGCACAGCUAAUGGCGGGCCAAACUGGAUCGAAUAUCUGACCAGAUGUGGGGUCGCGCAAAGCUCGACUAAUCCGGGGAUAUGUGAAAAGCAGCUCUGGAACUUUGCCUUCGCUGGAGCAGAUAUUACUGAGGCGUUAUUGCCACUUCAUCAUGAAUUUACUGUACCGUUCGUGAAACAGGUCGAGCAAUUUGUGAAUUAUGGUCAACCCGCGCUGAAGGAGAUUGUGAGGAAGGAGGACACCUUGGUCGUGAUUUGGAUUGGUAUUAAUGAUGUCAACGACAGCAAAGAGAUGAACGUGGAUUUCCCGGCAUUCUAUGAAGAGCUGAUAAAGGCUUUGUUUACGGCGCUGGAGAAGGUGAGGAAGUUGGGGUAUUGCAAGUUCUUGUUUAUGAACUUGCCGCCAAUUGAUCGUGCGCCGGGCGUUAUUACGCUAUUCAAUAUGCCUAAUAAGUCUAUGGUCGACUGCUAUGAUACGGCUCUUGACAAGAGUGUGCGGAGUUUCCGAGAGGAAAAAGAUGUUUGGGUGAAGAUUUUCGAUGCCAACGCGGCCCUGAAUAAUGUGAUGGAUGGACAUGAGGUGUAUGGAAUCAGGAAUAUCACGGGAUAUUGUGCUGCGUAUAACCAGCCAGACAUAGAUACAGACCCUGAGAAGUAUGGGUGCCUGCCGCUCGAUCAGUAUUUCUGGUUCAAUAGCGGACACAUGACGAGUCAUGUACAUCAAAUACUAGCUGCUGAAUUGCGGCAGUAUCUCGUCAAUCUCUCAGCUUGA